AUGCAGCCAAACAUACCCACUAAGAUGCCUCUCAUAGCCCAACAUGCUACCCCCCAAACACAACCAGCCACAGAACAUUGCCCCCUGACGCAAACUCAUCCGUUACCCACAAACUGUGACCUACCCUCUACAGCACCUAUCUUUCUCACGAUUGAUCUUAGGCAGUAUUCAGUCACUGAAAUAGAUCGGCCUGCUGCACCCAAACCCGCUGUAGACACAAGACCAGUAACCACAAAACUGCCAAUAGCAUCAGCCCUAAAACUAACAGUAGCUUCAGCUUCCAAACAAGUGGUAGCACCAAACCCUCCCAAACCAGCAGUAGCCCCAUCACAUGGGAUGCUUACCCGUGGAAAAACUGGUCACUUAAAGGCAUUCACCUUUUCAGCUACCAUCUCUAAUACAGAACCACAGAGUUACUCCCAAGUUCAGUCUCAACAGUAA